GCGAUCUUUGCCGUUAUGCUUGCCGUUAAGGGAACCACUGUAACUCGUACGAUCAGAGACGAAAGAUGGACGACGAAAGACAAAUUGGAUCAAUAUCGAGGAAUUUUAAAGUUACACGCGCGCGAGAAGAAAGUAAGAUUGCAAGAUUCCGUGAAACUGAAGAAGAGGAUAUCGUGGCAGUUGAGUUCGUUCAAACGGGACGUGAACGAAUACCGUCGUAUUACGAGUCGACUGACCAAAGGAAUUCCGGAAAGUCGUCUGAAUAAUAUAUUGCGGACUCGGAAGGAUUUGCGAUUAAAAUGUCACGGACACGCAACGGAGCAAAUUUGUACCUUCGUUCGCGAGGACAACCACCGGAAACGCCGACAAUUGGAUAAACUGCGUUAUCAAAAAAAAGCGAAAUUAAAACAAUGUUUCCAGUUGCAGCUGGAACACGCGGAACUGUGCGACGAUUACGCGCGAGAACAAGAAACACCGUGGACAGAGAAUAAACUACAGCAACGAUUGGUAACGCGUUAUCAGCGAUCCGUGGCGAAGCAAAAUGCGGCCAAAGCGAUAAACGUAACGUACGCGUCUAUGCUCGAUAUUUUGAAACAGGAUGCGGUGAACCACGACAAUUUAUUGAACGCAUUGAAGCAAGAUCGUCGAAAUCAGUGCGAAGCGAUAAUUAAGGCAACGAUCAUGGGGCAACUGGCGACCGAAGAAACGGACGACGUUGCUACGAAAUAUAGACGUAUCGCUCGAAUCGUUUGGAACAACAUGAAACAGAGGGAACGAACGCUGGCAGUGGUUCGUGAUCGAGUCGAGGAUUUAUGGUCGUUCGCGCGAUCCUUGAUACGUACCGAGAGCGAAACAAUCUUUACGAUGGAUAUUACGCGCGGUACGACAGCAACGAACGCAACGUUGGAAAAACAAAUAACCCAUCUAGAAGAAGUGUUCGAGAAAGUUAAGGAAUCCUUGUUGGUGCGUUCCUACCGAGAACUGCUCUCGAGAUUGGAAGAACAAACGAAACAGAGAACGCGAUUACUGGAACAAUUUAAUCGCAACGUGAAAGAGCGCGAUUCGUUGUUGAAUAAAAAGAACGAGGCUUUGUCAACUUUAUCCAGUUUGCAACAUUCUCUAGUGGCUACUACGGAAGAAUAUAACGCGGAUAGAAACAUCCUCCUAGAACAAAUAGCGAUACAAAAAAAACGUCAACUUGAUCAUCAGAAUUUAAAAAAAGAACGCGGAGAAUUAUUGAUGGAUAUAAGAGCAGCCUUACAAAAUAUGGUGGCGAUGCUGGUAUGUGUCAGAAGGGGUGGCGGUAAAGUACCAAAAAAGCCGACAGACGAAAUGGACGAACAAAUGGAAAAAAUGGAUACGGAAGGUUUAACGUUGCUGUCGACCGUUAGUCGUAAAGUGGGAGCACUGUUUGGAAUGAGUAAUUUUGAAUUUGACCAUGAUAGAGAGCAGCGAGCAAAAGAUUUGUAUCAGACUUACGUUUCCGAUUAUCAUUCCAAAUUAAAAUUCGACGAUGCGGAAGUUGAACCAGCGGGUCUGUUCGUCGAGCACGAAACAAUCGAUUCUUCGGUGCCAACACGAGCUGAGAUUAAGUUAAGGAGCAAACAAGCUGUCGAAACAUACUUGAGACUGGAAUAAUUUUCUUUCAAGAAGAAGAAA